ACUGGCGGUGGGGCAGAUAGGAGCUGUUAGUUUGCCCUUUUACCUCCACAAGUACGCGGGGGGGGGGACUUGAGUUUAGUUUUUUUGGUAGUGUAGUUCAAUUCAAGCAAGUUUAUCUUUGCGAGUAAACCCUCGUUGAGCUCGACAGCUGCACUGAAUUUGAAGGAGCCGCCGAGUUUAUCCGCUGAAAGCAAAGUUACUCCAGUGGAAGAGGGAUUGUCGUCGGCCCCCCGUGGGGUUUAAAGUUCAGCUAACAGUAGCGUCACUAGCUCCUAGCAGGUAGUUAGCGCAAUAUCGUAACCGAUAAGUUUGGUCAUUAUGGCAGCUGUGUGCCAGUCUCGACGUGCCUUGGUGGAAAUACCGGCUCCACAGCCCAAAAUUGCAGCUCGAAUGAGGAGGUCCUACCUAGAAAUCCUGAGUGCUCGUUUGGCUCCAUCUCCACUUCCAAGAGGGAGAAACACAGCUGCAAACACAAAGCGUGCGCCAUUGGACUUGUCCAUUGGUGGGGUGUGGAGCGGGGGCAUAGAGGAGCAGUGUGAGAAGAUGGACGAUCACCAUGCCCCUCUGUCCAAACAGCAGCUAGUACAGCUAAUCCGGUCCCUCAUCUUAGUCGAACAGAGCCAAGACCCCAGGACCCUGGCGUCGGACCUGAAGUACCUCCAGGACGACCUGCACCUAAAGAAGGCAAAUGUUUACCGGUCCAUACCCUACUCACGGUUUGGCUCCAACAGGGACGCUCACUGCUACAGAAAGGCAUAUCCCCAUCUGGUGGCGUUCAAAGUUUCGUGUCAGGAGUGGGGCCAAGUUCUUCUGAGGAACAAAGAGUGGGACGCGGUGUUGGAGCACACACUGAUGGCGUGGCGCUACACCAGCGAGUUGCCGCAGUGGGAUACGGCGAACCAUAACGCCCUCCGAGAACAGUGUUACAACAUCUUGGCAGCUCAGAGCCUGUCUGCUCUCCAGCACUACCGCCCUGAACCCAACAGAGGACGCGAGCUGCUCAGAAGGUUGAAGAUGGUUCAGUUGCAGAGCCAGUCAAUUGUGCCCUGUAUUCAGGAGUUGCAGAGGAUUAUGGGAUGUGCUGAUGACUCCUCCAUGGACACAAAAUAACAUGAGAAACACUGUCACCAGCUGGCUACACCACAGCGAGAAGUGAGCUUCAUGGAUGAGCUUCAAUGAUUUAUGUGUGGUGCACGGCCAAAAACAUUUAACAUGGUAGUGUUUAUUUGGAAAACCCACUACAGUGUUCCUCCAAAGGGCAGGGUAGCAGCUGAAAAUGGAAUAAAUGCCAGAUAAUGCAGCUUUCAUGAGAUAAUGAAAACCACUUUCUAAAUGGUUGAAAAUGCAAUAAAACCUCUUAUUUAAUGACAUUGCAUUUUUGCAUCAACUGGAAAGUAUCGUUGCGAGGAGUGUAACAUUUGUUGCCUGGCACAACUCGUAAUAUAUUCAUUAUUGGUUAAUGUAAAGUUCGUACGUUAACAGCUUUUUAUACAUUUCUAUCCAAGAGGAACAUUCGCAUUCUGAGAAAUUUUGUGUUUGGUUGGUGCUGACAGCAGUGAAAUUAAAACGUAUAUUUUUAGAACUUUGUCUAGAAUGGCUUUUGCAUUGACCAUUGAAAUGUUAAAAGUAAGAAAUGGCCUUUCUUGUUGCUUUAUAGGGGUGUGCGUGUGUAUGUAUGUAUGUGUGUGUAUGUAUGUGUAUAUAUAUGUCCAUGUUACUGUUCACAAUACUUGAAACUGUGGCCUUUGCCGUCUUUGACUAGUUAUGUUCUAUAUGUAUGUCUUUGUCACUGAUUGCACUGUUGCCGUUUGUCCUGAAAACUUGAAUUUUUGAUAAAAUAGAUCCCUAAUUUCAAUAAAGUUGUUACUUUGUACUGGC